AUUUCUAUUGGCCACUUUUGAACAGGUAUUGUAGGACUGAUUUAUCGCCAGUGAAUUGGAGUCAUUUUUAAUCAUUAGAUUCCAGUGUCGAUUUGAAAAACCAAUAUUUUACUUGGAAAAUUCGUGAAAUCAGUUGUUAAAAAACCAGUUAAAAUAAUUUGCACAAAUCAGUAAAUUUAAUUUCUAUAUUUGGCUUUUAUAUGCUGUGUUUUAUUAAAGUGAAGGUGUUUUAUUUGAGCAAGUUUUAGCAGUUCAAUUAAAAAUUUUGUUUAUUGAAUUUAAUUUAUCCGAGUUGAAAAUUCCUGUUUCUGAAAAAUCAGAAAAAUUAGUUUUCAUUUGCCAAAAAUGGAUCUUCAGAAUCACCAGCAAAAUCAUCCGGCUUUGAUGUUGUACAGAAAGUAUCUGGACCAGAACUGUAAUAUGCCAAGGCUUCCAAACUUGUACGACCAAGUCAAUCUCGCCUCCCAGGUUCCACCCAACAGUUCCUCCGCGACCACUCUUCUGAGCCAAAAUGGAACCCCAAUGUCAACAGUUCCGCUUCCCCCUCGUCCCAUUCUGGGGGGCUCCAUGGCGGGAAACUCGAUCUCCUCGACUGGUUUCACCCACCCUGCCUUGGCCUCUCUGAGUCAUCAGGCCAGUUUGGCCAUGAUGGAUUUGACCCCUAAUACCAUUCCGAAGAACAUGGGGCAGGCAGCGGGACUAGGACAUCAUGCCGGAUUUCCAGGUGGAAAUAUUCAUCACAAUGCACUCGCAGCUAUGACUGCAAAUUUGAACCCGUCAGCAGCUGCGGCUAUGCUUUUCAACCCUAUGUUGUUCCAACAAAAUCUGAAUGGGAUGACAAACGGAAACAAUAAUCCGACUGGAUCACUUCCCGCAAUAUUUGCCGGCGGAGUCUCGGGGAUUCCGUCUGCCGACGAUCGAGUGAAGUUAGCGACCCUUCAGAACCACUUGUUUUAUUUGCAACAUCAGCAGCGACAGCAACAGGCGAACCUUUUGGCAUCAGCAACGACUUCGAUUGUGUCAGAAAAACAAGAUGAAGUAUCGCCGACUAUUCGAAAAACACCUGAAGCGUCAGAAGAGUUACCGGGUGGCAAAACCAGCCCUUAUGAGACACCUCAUCUAGGUUUAAAGAGAACUCUCGAUAGCUCCCAUAGUUGUGAAAUAAUUCAUCCUUCGGAUGCGGAAUGCCAGAGAAAAAACAAGGAAGCCAAAAUCAGCCCGAAACUGAGCGAGUCCGGUAGUUUUGGCAAAAAUGACACUUCCCUUCUUAGUCCAGAAGCAUCUGCAUCCGGAGAACAGAAUUAUGCCAGUCAAACACCGGCAAUCACGAAAUCACCAGGUCUGGCUUCUGAUAAUAACUUUGUGGAAGUGAUAAGCUUGAAAAAUCAUAAAGAAAAAAUCGAAUGUCCGCUGUGCAAAGAGGAUAUCGAGAAAAGAAAUGUUUCUGGCCACCUGAUGGAGGAAUUCCAAAUUCUGCAGAAGAAGUUUCUUAGAAACAAAAAUGGAAGGAGUGAACAAACGACAUCCCAGAUCUCAGAGGAAAGACUUCAAACAUUUUCGCGAAUCCGAUCAAAUCGACAGGAAAGAAUAUCAUGUUUGGCUGGCAAGUUGAGACACUUCAAGCAUUCGUACCCGUCAAUGAUAGGAGUAGCAACUGACUCCAAAACAUCCACUCGGAACAGCACAGCUCCUGGGAAAACGUCGCCCCGGGAAAUAUCUUCUUCCCAAUUAAGCUCUAGAGCCACCCCUGUGAGCUUCAUGAAGGAGGAGGCAGAGGAUAUUCCUCUCAGCUCACCUUUGAUGUCUCCCAGUUCGGUAAUCAGAAACAGCCUGGAUCACUUUGACAAGUUCUCGACACCAAAGAACCAAUUCGAUAAGGAUCUUUCUCCCAAUGGAAACAAAAGACUUCUUCUUAUCGAGUCAAUUCUGAGCAGUGACUCCAAUUUUAACGGACUGCAAAAGGAAUCCGAAACGAAAUUCACAGAAGCUACGAGUUCCGAAAUUAGUCCCAAAAUCCCGAGUCCCGCUGGAUCGUUCCAGGAGCAGUAUACACGCGACAAUGACGUCAUAGAAGGAUCAUUUAAGCGACUCACUUCGUCAGCCAAUGAGAUUCAAGUGCGAUAAAAAUUGACGAGUUAACUGUUUGCGAAUAAAAUUGCACCUCGCACGCAGUGCAACAAUUGCACGUUCAUCAAAAGAAGCUGCACUGGCUGAGCACGGAUGUAAAUUCAUGCACUAUGCAUCAAAAUCAUCAGAUAUAAUUUGUAAUGGCAGAGAGUGUUGGUGGCAGAGGGUGUUGGAUAUUUAUCAUAACUAUAAAUUUUAACCUA